GUUGUGUCCGCGUCUAAACCGCCAUUCAGCAGCUCGUAAAUAGAAGUAGCUGAUCAUCAACAUCCUCGACACAGUCCUCAAAGGCUUGAUCCUGUGUACUCGAUAGCGUAGAGUGUGGUGUGUCUUGCAGUAGUGCGAUACUCACACGGUCAUUCGACGAAGAUCAGCUUCAUCAAAGCUAUCUCUUUUGAAGCAUUCCGAAGACGCUCCUCCCCCUUCCCGUACCUAUCCUUGAGGUCACCUUCUGCUCGACCCGAUCAAUCGCUGCUACAUGUCUAAACCUAAUUUGUUCGCCCCUACGCCCGUGGGCUCUCGACCUGCAUCUCCACCACCGGGAUACCCUAUGGAGUCUGAAACCGAUAGAGAUAGACGGGACGCCCAGUCGUUGUUGAUGAGUCAAUUAGGGGGAGCCGAUAGAGCCAAGGAGAAUGCACAAGGCAGGAACGAUGUCGGGCCACCGAGUACGAGAGAUCAGGCUUUGCCAAUUUUGUCGUAUUGUGCCGCAAGUAUCAUGAUGACGGUCGUCAAUAAGUACGUCGUCUCCGGAGCCAAUUUCACCAUGACAUUCCUCCUGUUGGCCAUUCAAUCCAGCGUCUGUGUCCUGGCCGUGUGGUCAGUCAAGCGGAUGGGCAUGAUCAAUUUCAGAGAUUUCGAUAAGAACGAUGCGAAAGUCUGGCUGCCCGUUUCAUCCCUUCUCGUCGCUGUCAUAUACACUGGAUCAAAGUCUCUGCAAUUCCUGUCUAUCCCUGUUUACACGAUCUUCAAGAACCUGACCAUCAUCCUCAUUGCAUAUGGCGAGGUAUUCAUGUUCAACGGUAUGGUCACUGGCUUGACACUCGUGUCGUUUGCCCUUAUGGUCGGCUCCUCCAUCAUCGCCGCGUGGGCCGAUAUCUCCUCAGCGUUCCGAUCUCCCGCGCCUAUUGACCCAUACACUGGUCUCGAGACGCCCGCUCUCCGAGCGACCAUUGGAUCCAUCAACGCGGGAUACAUUUGGAUGGCCCUGAACUGUCUUGCUUCGGCCGGAUACGUCCUGUUCAUGCGAAAACGAAUCAAGUUGACAGGAUUCAAAGAUUGGGAUUCCAUGUUCUACAACAAUCUCUUGUCGAUCCCAAUCUUGGUCGUGGCGAGUAUCAUCAUUGAAGAUUGGGGGACGGAAUCGUUGGCGAAGAAUUUCCCAGCUUCCAAUAGGGUCCUCUUACUUUCCGCCAUGGCUUUCUCUGGCGCAGCGGCAGUCUUCAUCUCGUACUCGACCGCGUGGUGCGUUCGAGUCUGUGGAUCAACGACCUAUUCAAUGGUUGGAGCUUUGAACAAGUUGCCAGUCGCUGCAUCUGGCAUGCUGUUCUUUGGCGAUCCAGUCUCAUUCGGGAACGUCUCGGCGAUCGGCGUGGGUGGCUUGGCGGGGAUAGUGUAUGCCGUCGCGAAAACCAAUCAAGCUAGAGUCGAUGCGGCCAAUAGGUCAAGAGUGUUGCCUGGAGGUGGAAGAUAGGUGCGAGGGAGAGAUUUCUGAAGCGAACGAAGCACAGCAGGUGAAAACCACGGGAGAAGGAACAUUGGAUCUCACUUCUGCGAUUCACUGCUGUCUGCUGUUCGGGAGCCAACGUAACGUAAUGCGCUUUCCGGAUCCAUAUUUUAGAUGCACAUGUGGGUGUUUUGAUCAACGCGUCUUUCCCAAAUCUUGCGGCAGGUGUCGCAUCCCCUACGUACAUGACGAUGUCCAUGAACAUCCAUCCUUAUACGCUAUUCCGACUGCAUCGUGUCCUGCCGUGAUUCAAUGCAAGCAUUGACCUGACCAACCCAAACCUUGCUGUUCUGGUCAGUGCCUCCUUCGAACACGAAGUAAGUCGCGGCUUGCUACGUCUCUCCCACAAUGAUCCUUACUCUAGACGACAGUCCUG